ACUAACUGUCAAUCAUGACUUCUCGCGUUUGCUGUACCGGCGUGGAAAACUGUCACGGUUUCAUGCCUACUGCCUAGGUCAAGGGGAGAGAAGCAUGGCAGCGUCUUUGAAAGGGUGUCGAAAUGUUUUAUUAAAGUGGAAUAAACAUGUCAGCCCCACCUUAGUGUCCAUGCGGUCAAUGGCCUCGAAAACACCAGUUGGGUUCAUUGGUUUGGGAAACAUGGGGAGUCCCAUGGCCAAGAACUUGCUGAAAAACGGGUACCCCAUUAUUGCUACUGACGUUUUUCCUGAGUCCUGCAAGGAGCUACGGGAUCUCGGUGCCCAGGUAGUGGACUCCCCUGCAGAAGUCGCUGAUAAAGCAGACCGCAUUUUCACAAUGCUUCCAUCCAGUCCAAACGUCAUAGAAGUCUACACAGGCCCCAGCGGCAUCCUUAAGAAAGUAAAGAAGGGGACACUUUUGAUCGACUCUUCCACCAUCGACCCUGCCGUCUCGAAAGAGAUGGCGUUAGCUGCGGAGAAGAUGGGCGCUGUGUUUAUGGACGCACCGGUGUCAGGAGGUGUCGGAGCUGCCAGCCUGGCCAAGCUGACCUUCAUGGUGGGCGGGGCCAAGGAGGAGUACAACGCCGCACAGGAGCUGCUCACCUGCAUGGGAGCCAAUGUCAUCUACUGCGGACAAGUUGGCACCGGACAGGCUGCAAAGAUCUGCAACAACAUGCUGCUGGCUAUCGGGAUGAUCGGAACCGCAGAGACCAUGAACCUCGGCAUCAGACUGGGUUUGGACCCCAAACUUCUGGCCAAGAUCCUCAACAUGUCCUCGGGUCGCUGCUGGUCCAGUGACACAUAUAAUCCUGUCCCCGGUGUCAUGGAGGGAGUCCCUUCUGCCAACAACUAUCAGGGAGGCUUUGGAACCACACUCAUGGCCAAGGAUCUUGGCUUGGCCCAAAACACAGCCACCAACACCAAGACGCCCAUUCCUCUCGGUUCUCUUGCCCACCAGAUCUACAGAGUGAUGGGAUCCCGCGGCUACGCCAACAAGGACUUCUCAUCCGUCUUCCAGUUCCUGCGCGAGGAGGAGGGACAGUAAGCGGAAGGCACACGCUUAAGUACAAUCCCACACCCGAGCCGCUUUGUCCCGCAAUACUCAGGAGAGACGACGCUUUUUGCCCUCGUCGUCAUCGUCCGAUUUUUCACUUUGCAACAUUCCAGGAAAUGAUAAACCUCAAAUCGCUUUUGGAAUACCAAUGGUACUGACAGACACAGUUCAGGUUUACUUGAUCCCGUUAUUUUUCCUCAGGAUGAUCGUAGCAAUUGUUGUUUGUUUUUUUUUUUUA